GUCAACGUAGGGUAAAUUCGAUCUCUUGAGCAUGAAUGGAUGCCUUGUGCCCCGUGAAAGACUCUGGUAUGGACAGUUAGCCGUCACUCUUGCGGGUGCCGAUGGUCGAAUUUAUGGGGGAUCCGUUAGUGAUUCUAUGCUAGCUGAGAGUUCUGUCCAUAUUGUGGUGGGUAGUUUCCCUAUUGGUGAUCAGAGAAGAAGGGGUAAGCAGAUCCAGGCUGAAUCAUCACGUAGUACUGUGCCACCACCGCCAGAAGCACCUGCGCCGCCAGAAGGACCGGCGGAGCCACCUGAGCAGCCUGAUGCACAGGCGGAGCCACCUGCGCCGCUACCGGUACCAUCAUAUUUUAGAGAAGACUGGUUUUGGGAUGGGGUCAUGGAGGGCUGGCCACUAUUUCCAGGAAUGUAGGUAGCAGGUAUAUGCAUAAUUGCAUAUUGCUGCCGAUCACCAGUGUAGGUCGAAGUUUAUGUACGUAUAGAUCUCUGAUGUAGUUUAUAAUUAGGGUUCUAUUUCUGAACGUAGGUCUAUCAAUUUGUGUUGUGUAAUCGAAUUACCACUGUGGAUUAACAUAUUAUAUAUAGUUUAUUUGUAAAAUUAGUAAGUUUC